GCUUAAUGAACUCUGCUGAGUUGGCUCGUUAGAGAUUCUGCAGACUGCUGCUUCCUUUAAAUCAACAAAUGGCAAUCAGCGUUUAAAGCAGCACACUGGCUUUCACUCUUUUCUCCUUUGCGUCUGCUUCAUACACCCUCUGCUGCUUCUGCUGACCCUGGAUUMAUCUGGCAUCUGUCAACUGCAACAGGAUGAAUGUCAGAAUUGGCCUCAUUUUCCCCCUUUGUCUGUUUUUUCUGUAUCUUUGGUCAGGAGGAACAUGUUCCGAAGCAGAACACAGGCUCUUCUCUGUGAUUUUCUCCAACUACAAUCAGUACAUUCGACCCGUGGAAAACGUGUCCGACCCGGUCAUCGUACAGUUUGAGGUGUCCAUGUCCCAGCUGGUCAAAGUGGAUGAAGUCAAUCAGAUCAUGGAGACCAAUCUAUAUGGAAUGACUACAAACUCAAGUGGAACCCAAAAGACUACGGAGGUGUCGAGUUUAUUCGGGUUCCAUCCAGCAGAAUAUGGAAGCCUGACAUUGUUCUGUAUAACAAUGCCGUUGGAGAUUUCCAAGUUGAUGACAAAACAAAAGCUCUCCUUCGCUACAACGGUGAUGUCACUUGGAUCCCACCCGCUAUUUUCAAGAGCUCCUGUAAAAUAGACGUUACGUAUUUCCCUUUCGACUACCAAAACUGCACAAUGAAGUUUGGCUCCUGGACCUACGACAAGGCCAAGAUUGACCUGGUGUUGAUUGGUUCAACCAUCAACCUGAAGGACUUCUGGGAGACCGGUGAGUGGAUAAUCAUUGAUGCGCCUGGCUACAAACACGACAUUAAAUACAACUGCUGCGAGGAGAUCUACACAGAUAUCACCUACUCCUUGUACAUCCGCCGCCUGCCCCUUUUCUACACCAUCAACAUGAUCAUCCCCUGCCUCUUGAUCUCCUUCCUGACGGUGCUCGUCUUCUACCUGCCAUCCGACUGUGGAGAGAAAGUCACGUUGUGCAUCUCCGUCCUGCUGUCUCUGACCGUCUUCCUCCUCGUCAUAACCGAGACCAUCCCCUCCACCUCUUUGGUCAUACCCUUGAUUGGCGAGUACCUCCUCUUCACCAUGAUCUUUGUCACCCUCUCCAUCGUCAUCACCGUUUUUGUGUUGAACGUCCACUACCGCACGCCAAAGACGCACACCAUGCCCUGCUGGGUGCGGCGCAUAUUCCUGGGUCUGCUGCCCCGUGUGAUGUUCAUGACCAGGCCUGAGAGGGACCCAGAGAAGGUGACGGCGACUGGCGGCGUUCCGGUGGUGACUUCGAGAUCCUGCGCCGUUCACUCUUCGGGUACCCUGCAGAAGCAGCACAAGCCUCAGGCUCUGGCCUCCAACGUGGUGUCGAGCCUCAUGAAGCGACAGCGGCUCUUGAACAACACCGAGCUCUCCAACCUCAACAACCUGAGCGGAGACUCCAGCAAAUGUGCCACCUCCGGUUUCCUGUGCUGCGAGGGUCGCUGCAACUGCUGCUGGCAGAAGAGAUCAGGCAAACUGCCCUCAGACUCUGGGGGAGGGAGUGGUGGACUGGGCAGCCUGGGAGCCCUGACUGGAGGCGGGACGGCAGGGGCCGGAGUGGACAGUCAGUGUUCCAGCUCAGAGUCUCUGGAUGGAGGAAUGAUGUUCCCUUUGCCUCUCUCGCCUGAGGUCAGGGAAGCCAUUGAGAGUGUUAAAUACAUCGCUGAGAACAUGAGACUGCAGAAUGAGGCACAGGAGGUCCAGGAUGACUGGAAGUACGUGGCCAUGGUUAUCGACCGGAUUUUCCUCUGGGUUUUUAUCCUCGUCUGUAUCCUGGGAACAGCUGGCCUCUUCCUCCAGCCCUUAUUACUGGGGGAGGAUAUUUGAUUGAAUUUGAUCGAACUAAUAAUGCAGACUGCUGAAAUGCACACAGCUGUCUGUUACAUAGGUUCCAGUCAGGGUGAGGACAGUGUUAAAACAGAGAACACACAAUCGAUAGGGGAAAAAAACAACAACAGUUGUUAUUUAUUUAUAUGUUUCUGUUUUGUAAUUUACUUUCUAAAAAAGAAAAAGAUUGAUGAAACUCCAUAACUUUGGUGUGGACUGUUCUGACCCGCUCUCCAGCCUCAGAGAGAAUCUGUUGAAUUUGGGAGCGUCCAUCACCAGGAAGUGUUCCAACAUUCAUGGAAAUAUGAAACUUGUAGCGGCCGUCUGUGCUAUACAAUGAAUUAAUAAAGAUUUUCUUUGUUUCUUUUCAGCUCUUUUGCAA